UCUUGUUUCAUAACCUAGAAAAUGACGUCACAUUGGCGUUGGGGAUUUUCGUGUUUCGCGAUUUUGUGGCCUUCCUGCACGAGCAACAACCAAUCAGGAAUCAGUAUUCAAAAAAUGGUUCGAAUGUUGACUGGUUGACAGUUUAAAACUUUAAUAAAAGGGGUAAAAACUUGUCUCAGUUAUGGUAAAAAUGAAUAAAAAAGAGUAGAAAUCGAAUUAAUUAGUGACAAGAACGUGAAUAAUAGUGUGAAACUAAACUCUAGAACAGUACCCCCUUGUGGAAAACAAUGGUUGAUUUUGAACGAAUCGAGACAUACAAUGCCGCGGACGAAACUAUCAAUUUCGGCUCGCGGGUUUUGUCAGACGACACCAGUUUGCGCGAAAUUACAACCUUGGCUUCCAUUCCUGUUUCGGAUCAAGGACGGACGCGCCCCCACAUUAACGCUGUCACGCAAGGAAGCAUUUACUUGAGUGUCAAUACUUCGUUCGGGAUUUUUAAAGACAGGGAGUGCUCCAAUGUUGUCUUUAACGCGACAUUUCAGUCCAUAGUGGACUCGUUUUGCGUUUGUCCGCAGAAAAAUUUCUUGCUGAUAUGUCUGAGGGACGGAAACGUCCACUUGUUGGAUUGUAAUCACGAGUUCAACUGCGUUUUCAGCGGAUCUUGUGAACGCGACGAUGACGGCGAUAGGUUUUUUAUUAAUGCGUUCGUGGAUAAGGGGUGUUUUUUGGUUGUCACUAAAACAGGGGAGGUCCAUAGGGUGACUUUUGACGGGUGUUUUGGAAUGGAGUGUGUCCAUAAAUUUAAUUUCAAAACAAAAAUUGCCUCAAUUGAGUACCCAUUUUUGGUGGUGAGCGGUACGGAAUUGGCGAUUUUGAACACCGAAAAUGAGAGUGUUGAGUUUGAUGGGGGCUGGGAGUUCAAAAAAAUGUUUCCUCUUACUCAUAUGUUUCUGGCUUUGGAUUUUGAGGGUGGCUUAUUUAAAAUCUGCGCCGUCACUUUGCUCGUUUUUCCAUUGGGUAAUUGUUGUAAGAUUGACGACAUGGAAGUGUUGUCUGACGGCAACCAAAAACAGAUAAUUGCUGUGACAAAAGACGACGAAUCGCAGCAGAGUUACAUCCAGCUACUUUCCUACCCUAAUUUAGACCAACUAUUCUCAAUUCAAGUUUCAAACCACAUUCAUUUAAUUUCUUUGGAUUCGCUGAAUGAAGAGAUUUUGUAUAUUUCGAAAGUUACGUCAGGCGAAACUGUCACCCAGUUGCGUCUUCAAGUGAUUAACGAAACCGAGCCGGAGCAGAGGCUCGAGCGACUGCUGAAAAAACGCAAGUAUGACGAGGCGGAAAUUUUCGCCCAGCUUUUUACCCUGGAUAAGGCGCUAAUCCAGAAAGCUCGGGCCCGUGAAAUCACGGAAACGCCCAACUGUACGUCGGAAGACGUCUACAAAUUGAUUCGUUUAUUGGAGACGAUCGACGACGACGAGUUUAGACUUCUGUGUUGUUCAGAUAGCGAGUUUUUUUGUAGUAGUUUGGGUGAUGUGGAAAAAAUUUUAACGUACGGGUGCCAACUUGAGUUGAAACAUAAUGGUACGCAAUUGGGUGCCCAGGAGCUUCAGAAGACGAUCGCUGCGACCAUGUGGAGGUUUCAAACUUUUGUUACUGUUAACAGAAACCAGGGUAAAGCGUUGCAGGCGUGGGAGAAGUUCUCUGAGUGCGAUCUAAUACAAGAAGUGAAGCUGUUGUUGAAAAACCAUUGUAUAGAAGACGCGAAGAUUAUUUACAGCCGCCUUGACGCUCAAACGAGGAAAGAGUUGACGGAUUCGGACGUUUCCGACAUUCUUAACGUCCUCAACCACAUCUCUAUAGCGACGUACGAGCCGUUUCUGCCAAUAUUCAUCUCCAUUACUCUAUCCGCUCUCCCGUCGAGCUUCCCGUUAUUCCUCAAAUGGACCCACAGCCGCGUUUUCUACUUAGAAAAUCGCGGAAAAGCCAAUUUCCCCGAUAACGCGAUCCGCUUCACUGAAAACAUAGUCGAAUUGAUGCGUCUGACCAACUCUGCAGACAUUUCCUUCCAAAGACAGUGCAUCCUACACCAGGAGGCCCUCUCCAACCUAUCAGUUCUCACCCCAACUCUCAAAACCCUCAAAACGCUCAAAACCGACUACAGAAUUGACAUUCCACUGGCGGAUUGUUUAUCAGGACCCCAGAACGUCGUCCGCCUUCUCCUCAACGUCGAAAUGUGCGCCGACGACUACGACGUCUUCCUCAAACGCUUCUUGUGGCCGUACAUGGUGGAGAACCACAUGCAGCCCAACGAGAUUUUUCUCGCAGAGAUCGAGGAGCUGGUGAAAUACGAAGAGUCGUAUUGGGGCACGCUGAUCGAGUCGAUUUUGAACUGUAUUAGCUCGGUUCGGGUCAGGCUGGAGGCCGUGAAGUGCGUUCUGAACGAGGCGAAGGCGCCGUGGAGCGACACCGUGCGGAAGAUCGCCGAGGAAGCGGCCACGAGCUCGCAUCCGCUGGCGGCGGAAAUUAAAGAGCUGAUUCUUGCGGAGCCGAUCCAGGUGGUGCUGAUGAGGCCGAAUUAUCUGAUCAGAGAGCGCAAGGUCGGGAGGGGUGAUCUGAAGUUUGUGCUGAAUAGGAUUGUGUAUUGCAACGAGCCGACGAUGGUGGAGGAUGUGUAUCUGUUGUGUGGGGAGGAGAAGCACGUGGGGAAUAUGUUGCUGGUGAACCACUUUAUCAGGAAAGGGUGUUUUGAAAAAGCCAUAAAUUUAUUGGACAAUAAUACCCCCGAAGAGGUCUUCAACUGUGCACAGGAGCUAGCUACAAUGGUAGAAACAGUUGUUAAUGAUGCGGUGAAUCUACCCUCCGACCUCAUCGACAACUACUACGAAGUAGCAGGUUGCGUUUUCCGUCGAUUAAACGACAACGAAACUAACGACUUCUACCGCACUUGCCACAACGCCACCCUCACCCAAAUCCGAAACGUCUACAACUUACGUAAACACUUCAACGUUAAAACCACGACCCACGACCUCUGCAACCCCGCCACCAGAAACCACCUCCUGGAGGAGCUCUUCGACGCUGCCAUCCGCGACUUCAGCAGCGGUAAACGCACGCUCGAUCAAGUCUUUGCCGUCUGCCAGAAGCUGUCGCUUUAUCUGGGCAUCGACCACAUCGAGUUCACCAAGAAGCUGUGCGAGAAGACAGCCGACUACGGCGUGAUUCUCAAAGCCGCGCAACGCGUCGGGGACUCGGACGCUUCCGCCAAAGACCUGUGCUCGAUGGCCGCGUUGCUGCUGAAGUACUCCGGAACGUACAAAGUCAAGCUGCUUGACGAUAGUUUCGACUCCGAGAGCAUGGAGGUGGUAGGUGAUGAGGUGUUCCUGGAGGGGAUGAAGUUGGCGCGGGAGUUGAUGGGGAAGGCGACGUGCAACGCGAAGGUGGACGAGGAGGCGACGUGCAUGGAGCUGGGGAGGUGGGUGCAGACGAGCUCCUCGUUCACGAGGAGUGGCGAUUCCGAGCUGAAGAAGAAGCUAUUCGGGGAUGUUUUCGACGUGGCGUCGGUACCGCCCGGGUUUUUGACGUUUUCGACGAUCAGGAACGUGUUCGUGGGGUUCUCCAGGUACUUGUCGGGGUUGAAUAACCCAGGCGGUGUUGAUUUAGUCGCGGAACCGCCUUUAACCGAAGAAGACUUCUUCAAGGAGCUGAAACUCCUGCCGCCGAUUCUUGAAAACUUGAGCAAAGAAGGUCAACACUUCACUUCGUAUAAUAUCGUGCAGACGCUUCAAGACUGCAUGAUGCAAGUGCCGAAUCCGAACGCCGCCACUUUGAAGUUCUUGAACGACGUGUUGAAGAAGAAGUGCGUCCCCAAGGUGUUGGCGUCCAUUUUGAGCAACAACGUCGUGGAUGAGAAUCUGUUGUACGGGCUGUUGUUGUUGUGUGACCGCGACGACGCCGCCAAGUUCGUCGUGAACAGCUGGAAGAUGUACAAAAGACACCCGAAGAAGUUCGCUUGUAUCACCAGGAUCGGUCUCAAGUUGUGGGAUUAUCACAAGAUUUCGCAAGGGAAGUCGGAGAUGCUCAAGUCUUUGACCAUUAUCAAGUGGUGGAAGAAAUUCGAAGGAAAAAAGUUGGAUUAUGAUGUUUUCUUCAAGAUGAAGUCUGAAGAGCGGUUCGAGUUGCUGGUAAAUUCGGACUGUUUGGAUGUCGGUACGGUGAAAGAGUACUGUCACGAUUUUAAGCUGGAGGUGAUGUCGUCGUAUAAGUUGUUUUUGAUGAAUGUCUUGGUUAAUUGGAAACCCGAGUACGAGAUCUCGAGCGAAACCCACGCCGGCUCCCGCAAACACCUAGUGGUGAAAAACAGCGAAGCCGACCUCCUCCAGAAGUGCCACGACGUCAUCAACCUCCUCGACCGCGAACACGUCCUCCACAUCGUGAUGACUCUCUGGAAAUCCGUCAACACCUACUACUACGAAGUCUUCCUCGCCAUGCUGGACAUCCUCUCCCGCAUCAACUCCGACCAAGAGAACGACGCCAAACGGAUGCUGCUCAUCUUCCUCAAGGACUACCAGCGAGUGAGCAAACCGAGCGAGACCGAAAUCGAGCACUGGUUCACGAACUACCCCGACACCCAGUCGAUCGACGUCCUCUCCGAGUUCCGACUCUCCUUCAGUCCGCUGCUCUUCACCGACCAGAUCUUCAACAUCAUCCGGCCCGAGAUCAACCUGGCGACGUACAAGAGGUGGUUCGACGCCAUCGACAUCCUCAAGCCGUACCUCACCAAAAACACGAUCUGUUCGUUCGUGAUGAAGGACGUAGUGGCCAGCGGGGUGUUGAGCAGGCCCGCCACGAAGGAGUGGGUUCUGUGCUCGAAGCACGACGAUCUGUUCAAGGAAAUCGACGAGUGCGUGAUGAAUAUCUCGGAUUUGGAGUUGGCCACGUCGGUGAUGUACCAUCUGAUGACGCACACGCCCAACGGGGCGGAUCAGGUCGCGGCGGCGAAGCUGUGUUAUAACUAUGCUGUGGAGUACAAGAGGCUCAAUCCGGAGUCCAGCGAUGUGGAAAAAGCGGUGAUUAAGGUGACGAAGAAAUACUACGCCUGCUGCGGCAUGCACAUUUUGCACACUUACAAACUCGCCGAACCUAAGUAUAUAAAUUUACUCUCUGACCCGAAAGAACUGAUUUUGGCCCUGUUCCUGGACGAACGAAUUUUGAACAACGGUUUGGAGUUCGGUUGCCCGGAAAUACACACGGCAACUGAGGCUUUAGCCGCUUUGUUUAACUUGGAUAUAAAAAAAAUUCGGCACGAAUUAAUCCAUAGUUCGUUGGGUCAUGAAGACAUUUUAAGUUCGCCAUUAAAUUUUGAUUCUUCCAUAGUAUACACGAACGGAGCUUGCACCGACGACGAGAACUUGGACAGAAUUGCGUAUAUUUGCUGCAACGAUGACCUGAAAUACUGGCAAGUGCGACUUUAUAAUUUGGGCACAGGAACGGAAACUGAGGAGCAGUUGAGCGUUCACUGCAAGGCGCGAGCUUUGAAAGUGUUAGCCAUGAUUUCCGACAGCGAUACGAUCGUUAACUUAACGGAAUGCACAUAUGACGAAUUUAUAAAUUUCAUUGAUAAACUCACGGUGGUCAGUAAUUUGGAGUAUUUGGGCAUCAGUUUGGAUGUUGCGGCUCUGCAUGAGUACAACAAGAAAGAGUUGCUUAAUCGCUUGGUACGAAGAUCUGGGAGUAUAUUAGGGAUAAAAACUAUGGCGUUAAUAUGUAUGACCUUCUCGAUCGACGACGUCAAAGUUUGGGAGUUCAUUGUGAACAACGCAGUCGCGUUCUCUUUGUUCGUCGAAUUAAAAACCUACCUCAAUUUCUUAAAAAAAGGUAGCUACCAAAAUGAGAACUUCUACGUAAAGGGUUGGCAAAAGUUGGUUGAUCAUUCUUUUGCUCACUUAAGCAGUUCAAACCAUGAUGAUGUACUCCUCACCGUUUUUUUAACAAUUCAGUCGUGCCCUGUUUUGUUUUCGCUAAAUUUGGAUAACGCGUUUAGGAGAUGCAUGGAUAACAACAAACCCGAGUUUGCAGCGGUGUUGUUGCAGUACUUGGACGGCGCUAGAAGGGACGAGUACGUCGCACAAAUUCGUCACGCAAAAGGAAAUUUAGGCGAAAAGUUGGCUGCUUUGGAACGAAAGGGGCUGUGGGGCAUCUCCUACGUGAAAACCAUCCUGGGGUAACUAUGUUUGAACGAAAACUCGAUUUGAACAAGAAUAUUUAUGGAUUACGAGAGUCUUUCACGUGCGAAGUAUGUUUGAUUAAAAAAAUA